AUGGAUGUUGCUAAUGCACAAAAUAGUCGAACACGUGUACCUGAUGAAAUUGGAAUUAAAUGUCAAAAACUAUUUCAGGACUUCUUGGAAGAAUUUAAAGAAGAUGGAAUUGUUAAGUAUCUUGAACUAGCUAAAGAACUGGUAAGUCCAGAACACAGUACAUUAGAAGUUGUUUUUGACGAUGUGGAUGAAUACAAUCAAGUACUUUCUACAACUAUUGUUGAGGAGUAUUACAGAGUUUAUCCAUACCUAUGUCAAGCAGUUUGUAAUUUUGUGAAAGAUGAAACAGAUUUAAGAAAAGAAAAAGAAUGUUAUGUGAGUUUUGUCGAAGUACCGACCAGACAAAAAUUAAGAGAAUUAAAUGCUGCAAAAUUUGGUACACUGAUACGUAUAUCUGGACAAGUAAUACGAACACAUCCUGUUCAUCCAGAAUUGGUGUUAGGAACAUUUAUCUGUAUGGAUUGUAAUACUGUCAUAAAAAAUGUGGAACAGCAGUUUAAAUUCACAAAUCCAACAAUUUGUCAUAAUCCAGUAUGCAAUAACAGAAGGCGUUUCAUGCUUGAUGUGGAUAAUUCUGUAUUUGUGGAUUUCCAAAAAAUUAGGGUACAGGAAACACAAGCAGAACUUCCUAGGGGCUGUAUUCCUCGUUCACUGGAAAUAAUCUUACGAGCUGAAGCAGUUGAAACUAUUCAAGCUGGUGAUAGAUACGAUUUUACAGGAACUUUAAUAGUAGUUCCAGAUGUAGGGGUUCUUUCAGCUCCUGGUGCAAAAUUUGAUUUAAAAGCAAAGCGUUCGAAACCUACAGAACAAGGAGAAGGUGUAACAGGAUUGAAAGCUUUAGGAUUGCGUGAAUUAACAUACAAAACUGCAUUUCUGGCAUGCAGUGUUACUCCAACAAGCUUCAGAUUUGGUGGCACUGAAACAAAUAUGGAAGAAAUUUCUCAAGAAAUGAUGAAAAAACGAAUGACAGAAGCGGAAUGGAACCGUAUAUAUGAAAUGAGUCGUGAUAAAAAUUUAUAUCAGAAUCUUGUUAACAGUUUAUUUUCUGCAAUACACGGUAAUGAUGAAGUAAAAAAGGGGGUUACUUUAAUGAUGUUUGGUGGUGUUGGAAAAACAACAUUGGAGGGUACUUCUUUAAGGGGGGAUAUAAAUUGUUGUAUUGUUGGUGAUCCUAGUACAGCAAAAUCUCAAUUACUAAAAUGUGUUAGUGAAAUUACACCAAGAGCAAUUUAUACAUCGGGAAAAGCAUCUUCUGCAGCUGGUUUAACUGCUGCUGUAGUAAGAGAUGAAGAAUCGCCCGAUUUUGUUAUUGAAGCUGGUGCUUUAAUGCUUGCUGAUCAAGGUAUUUGUUGUAUCGAUGAAUUUGACAAAAUGGAUCCCAGAGAUCAAGUUGCUAUACACGAAGCUAUGGAACAGCAAACAAUUUCAAUAGCCAAGGCUGGCGUAAGAGCAACUCUAAACGCUCGAACAUCAAUAUUAGCGGCGGCAAAUCCAAUUGGUGGGCGGUACGAUAGGAAAAAAUCUUUACAACAGAACGUUCACUUAACAGCUCCUAUUAUGUCCAGAUUUGAUUUAUUUUUUAUCAUAGUUGACGAAUGUAACGAAAUUAUUGAUAAUGCGAUCGCUAAAAGAAUUAUUGAUUUACAUUGUGACAAUGUGCAAGACUUUGAAGCAGUAUACACACAGACAGAGAUUGUUAGAUAUAUUAAUUUUGCCAAACAUUUUAAACCAAUACUAAGUCAGGAAGCAUCAGAGUUUCUAGUUGAUAGUUAUACUACACUAAGACAAAGAACUGGCAGUGGUUCUGGCAAGUGGAGAGUUACCGUUAGGCAACUAGAAAGUCUCAUCAGAUUAUCAGAAGCUAUGGCUAAAUUAGAAUGUUCAGAUGAAGUCACUGUAAAGCAUGUUAAAGAAGCGAAACGUUUGCUAAGCAAAAGUAUUGUUACUGUGGAACAGCCGGAUAUAGAUUUAGAAGAAGCUGAAGAUGCUAAUAUGGAUAUCGAUAUGGAUGAAGCUCCGCCGCUCAUGGCUGCUCUCAAUGCUUUGGAUACUGAUAAAGAAGGAGAGACUUCUACUUCUGCAGAAACGCAAGAAGUACACAAAAAGAAACUAACAAUGUCCUUCGAAGAAUACAAGAAUUUAUCGAAUAUGUUGGUGUUGUAUAUGAGAAAAGAAGAAAUUCGCGCGGAAACUGAGGGACGGGAAUUUUACUUAUAAUACUUUUAUUCAGAAGAAGAACUGUUGGAAAGAAAAAAUUUUAUUGAAAAGAUUAUCGAUAGAUUGACAUAUCACGAUCAAAUCAUCAUACCUUUAAGUACAAGGGAUCUGAAAAGCAAAGAUAAAGUAGACAAAGAAGAUGAUGAUCCUUUGCUUGUUGUGCAUCCUAAUUACAUUGUUGACGUCUAA